UGCAGCAGCCGGGGGCUGGGUGACCUCCACGGGAGAAGCACCCCAAGACGGCCAACCUUCCCUUUGUGCGUGGGAAUCCUCGAGACGACUCGAGUGUUGCCGACCCUUGUACGGCAUCGCCUGUGAACACUUCUGUUUAGGUUUUUCUCCUCGAAAGAACUUGUUACUCAGCCUUUAGAAGACGCGGCAAGUCAGGAAACUUUGGGGUAGCAUUGCCAUGACUUCCAACGGGUAGACUGCGAAAGUAAUCGGACCUCCUGUUUACACGUGUCCGCCCGAAAACUGCUUUCUUCGGUCAUGGAAGGUGUCUUUUCGUGAUUGACCUCAGGUGCUUGUGGACGUGCGGUGAAUGUGAAAUCCCACACAUACGUGUACCGUGGUCCCCCUGAGCUCACUGACCAUUCUGAAAGAUCUCGAACCCUCUUCUGGAAAGGGGUGCCUAUCCUUACUUUAUGGGGCAGCAGCCUGGAAAAGUUCUUGGGGACCAAAGAAGGCCAAGUCUGCCUGCCCUGCACUUUAUCAAAGGAGCAGGGAAGAAGGAGUCAUCCAGGCAUGGGGGUCCACACUGCAAUGUGUUUGUGGAACACGAAGCCCUCCAAAGGCCAGUAGCAUCUGACUUCGAGUCCCAAGGUCUGAGCGAAGCAGCUCGUUGGAACUCCAAGGAAAACCUUCUCGCUGGUCCCAGUGAAAAUGAUCCCAACCUUUUCGUUGCACUGUAUGAUUUUGUGGCCAGUGGGGAUAACACGCUAAGUAUAACUAAAGGUGAAAAGCUCCGGGUCUUAGGCUACAAUCACAAUGGGGAAUGGUGUGAAGCCCAAACCAAAAAUGGCCAAGGGUGGGUCCCAAGCAACUACAUCACACCCGUCAACAGUCUGGAGAAACAUUCCUGGUACCACGGGCCUGUGUCCCGCAAUGCUGCUGAAUACCUGCUGAGCAGCGGGAUCAACGGCAGCUUUCUGGUGCGGGAGAGCGAGAGCAGCCCCGGGCAGAGGUCCAUCUCACUGAGAUAUGAAGGGAGGGUGUACCACUACAGGAUCAACACUGCGUCUGAUGGCAAGCUCUACGUCUCCUCAGAGAGCCGCUUCAACACUUUGGCCGAGUUGGUUCAUCAUCACUCAACUGUGGCAGACGGGCUCAUCACCACUCUCCAUUAUCCAGCCCCCAAGCGCAACAAGCCCACUGUCUACGGUGUGUCCCCCAACUACGACAAGUGGGAGAUGGAGCGCACGGACAUCACCAUGAAGCACAAGCUGGGAGGAGGCCAGUACGGGGAGGUGUACGAAGGCGUGUGGAAGAAAUACAGCCUGACGGUGGCCGUGAAGACCUUGAAGGAGGACACCAUGGAGGUAGAAGAGUUCUUAAAAGAAGCCGCAGUGAUGAAAGAGAUCAAGCACCCUAAUCUAGUACAGUUACUUGGGGUGUGCACCCGGGAGCCUCCGUUCUAUAUAAUCACUGAGUUCAUGACCUAUGGGAACCUGUUGGACUACCUGAGAGAGUGUAACCGGCAGGAGGUAAAUGCAGUGGUGCUGCUAUACAUGGCCACUCAGAUCUCAUCAGCCAUGGAGUACCUGGAGAAGAAGAACUUCAUCCACAGAGAUCUUGCUGCCCGAAACUGCCUGGUAGGGGAAAACCACUUGGUGAAGGUGGCGGAUUUCGGCCUGAGCAGGUUGAUGACAGGGGAUACCUACACAGCCCAUGCCGGCGCCAAGUUCCCAAUCAAGUGGACAGCGCCUGAGAGCCUGGCCUACAACAAGUUCUCCAUCAAGUCCGACGUCUGGGCAUUUGGAGUACUGCUUUGGGAGAUUGCUACCUAUGGCAUGUCACCUUACCCGGGAAUUGACCUCUCCCAGGUGUAUGAGCUGCUAGAGAAAGACUAUCGCAUGGAGCGCCCAGAAGGCUGCCCAGAGAAGGUCUACGAACUCAUGCGAGCAUGUUGGCAGUGGAAUCCCUCUGACCGGCCGUCCUUUGCUGAAAUCCACCAAGCUUUUGAAACAAUGUUUCAGGAAUCCAGCAUAUCGGAUGAAGUGGAAAAGGAACUGGGGAAAAAAGGCAUGCGAGGUGUUGCAGGUACUCUGCUGCAGGCCCCAGAGCUGCCCACCAAGACAAGAACCUCCCGGAGAGCCACCGAACACAAAGACUCCACCGACGUGCCUGAGACACCCCACUCCAAGGGCCCGGGAGAGCCUGACCCGCUGGACCAUGAGCCUGCUGCGUCCCCACUGCUCCCUCGGAAAGAACGGGGUCCUCAGGAUGGUGGCCUGAAUGAAGAUGAACGCCUUCUCCCCAAAGACAAGAAGACCAACUUGUUCAGCGCCUUGAUCAAGAAGAAGAAGAAAACAGCCCCGGCUCCUCCCAAACGCAGCAGCUCCUUCCGGGAGAUGGACGGCCAGCCAGAGCGCAAGGGGCCCGGCGAGGAAGACGGCCGUGAGGUCAGCAACGGGGCGCCUGCUCUCACACCCUCGGAUAUAGCCGAGCCAGCCAAGUCCCCCAAACCCAACAGCGGGGCUGGUGUCCCCAAUGGAGCCUUUCGGGAGGCGGGGGGCACAGGCUUCCGGUCUCCCCCGCUGUGGAAAAAGUCCAGCACGCUGACCAGCAGCCGAUUAGCAGCCAGCGAGGAGGAGAGUGGCAGCAGCGCCAGCAAGCGCUUUCUGAGGUCCUGCUCUGCCUCCUGCGUGCCCCACGGGGCCAGGGAUACCGAGUGGAGGUCAGUCACGCUGCCUCGGGAUCUGCAGUCCACGGGAAGGCAGUUCGACUCUUCCACUUUCGGAGGGCACAGAAGUGAGAAGCCAGCUCUGCCUCGGAAGCGGGCGAGUGAGAACAGGUCUGACCAGGUGACCAGAGGCACAGUGACGCCCCCACCCAGGCUGGUGAAAAAGACGGAGGAAGCGGCUGACGAGGUCUUCAGAGACACGGCAGAGUCCAGCCCGGGCUCCAGCCCUCCCAGUCUGACUCCAAAACUCCUCCGGAGGCAGGUUGUGGUGGCUCCUUCCUCUGGUCUGCCCCACAAGGAAGAGGCCGGGAAGCCCAGUGCCUUGGGGACACCUGCCGCCGCUGAGCCAGCGCCCCUCACCGGCAGAGCAGGGCCAUGUGCAUCUGGAGGGACCAGCAAGGCCCUCACGGAGGAAUCCAGACUGAGGAGGCACAAGCCCUCCUCCGAGUCCCCAGGGAGAGACAAGGGGAAACUGUCCAAGCUCAAGCCUGCCCCACCCCCCCCUCCGGCCUCUGUGGGGAAAGCUGGGAGGCCCUCUCAGGGCCCUGGCCAGGAAGCAGCCGGCGAGGCCGGCACCGGCGGGAAAGUGAAAUCGGCUGCCGUGGUGGUGGAGGCCGUAAACAGUGACGCCGCCAAGCCCAGCCAGCUGGGAGAGGGCAUCAAAAAGCCUGUGCUCCCGUCCAUGCCAAAGCCUCCGUCAUCCACCAAGCCAGCCGGGACCCCAACCAGCCCCGUCCCCGCCCCCUCCACUUUGCCAGCAGCAUCCUCCGCCCUGGCAGGGGACCAGCCAUCCUCCACCGCCUUCAUCCCUCUCAUAUCGACCCGUGUGUCUCUUCGAAAAACCCGCCAACCUCCCGAGCGCAUCGCCAGUGGCACCAUCACCAAGGGUGUGGUCCUGGACAGUACCGAGGCCCUGUGCCUGGCCAUCUCCAAGAACUCUGAGCAGAUGGCCAGCCAUAGUGCCGUGCUGGAAGCCGGCAAAAACCUCUACACGUUCUGCGUGAGCUAUGUGGACUCCAUCCAGCAAAUGAGGAAAUUUGCUUUCCGCGAGGCCAUCAACAAACUGGAGAAUAAUCUCCGGGAGCUUCAGAUCUGCCCAGCAACAGCGGGGAGUGGCCCAGCGGCCACUCAGGACUUCAGCAAACUCCUCAGCUCGGUAAAAGAGAUCAGUGACAUCGUGCAGAGGUAGCAGAAGCCAGGCGUCAGGCAGCCAGAUCCGCUUGCCGUGCGUGAGGGCUCCCCUGUGCCCCUGACAGUGGCUGACAAGGACCAGUGAGCUGGGACCUUGGCCCAGGAGCUGAGGGCCACCGUGGAAUACAGCCCUACUACCUACGUCGUGCACCAACUGUCCUCCUGCACUUUCCUGCUCAGCCCGCUCGCCGAGCCCUGUCCUGCGUUCUGUCUGGAGUCCCGCUGGACUGCGGUCGGCAUGCCAGCCCUUGCCGCAGGCUCUUCCAGGCUGAGCGCUGCAGCCGGCUGGGAAGUGGGUGAGCAUUCCCUCGUGUUUCUUCUCUUCCUGAGGGUUCCCUCUGCCUCUGCCUCCUCCAUGUUCCCCAACAAGUGCCCUGAACGGAGCUGUCACCUUCACUCACCUGGUGGAGGGAGCCUGCACCCUCCUCCUCCUGUCUCCUGUGCUUAAGACACGUUUCCAGAAUGACCCGGGAAGCUCUGCCAGCGGUCCCUCUGCCUCCACUGUGCCGGCCUGGUGCCCUCCCCGUUUCCUCGUGUGAAGGACAGCUCUUAUUCGGGGGGUAAAACGGGGUGCUGACACCAGCCAGCCUUUGGGUCCCAGGAAUGGGGGGCGCUGAAGAGGCCCAUGGUGUGGAAGAAUGUCCUGUCACCCUUCUCUGCAUGUCCCCAGAGCCCAGUUUCUUGUUCUCUUGUGACAUGCACUGCUAAUCCUGGAUAGAAAGCUUGAGUCUUAAGGGGAGUAGGGUCGCUGUCCAGCAUACGGGGCAGGGGAGGCGGGAGGGGUGACUUGUUGGGUGAACAGCUGGUGCUGGGAUGGCCCGGGCCCUAGGCAGGCCUUCGGGGGUCCCAGUGUUACCUUCCUUUUGCAUUUUCCGGUGCCCUGAAAAAGGCACUUGAUCUUGAUUUCUGACCAAUCUCCUUCCCCUCCCUUGCCCUCCCCUAAGACAGAGUAGAUGUUUGCAGGGCUCUUUCCUUUGUGAGUCUUCAGUUUUCUGGGGUUUUGAAGCAUUUCAAAGCUCUGCCUUCAGCACAGCCUCCAAGACGCUGGGCACCAGCACGCAGACGGGAGGAGAAAGACCUGCGGCACCAAAGCCCCAGCAGUGGUGGCUGUACCCUCGUGGGCAGGCAUCUUACUCCAUUACCACGAGCAACACUUGGCCAUCAGGGAUGAAGAUAGCCACAGAGGAAACCCCAGAACGUGUCUCGAAGAGCAGGCCUUGGUGUCACCAUCUCCUGGCUGCCCAGGACCAGGCUCGUGGGCCAAGGGCUCAGGUCUCCUUGGCCUUGACCUAGAGCAGCUGCUGAGGAGUGGGCGGACACCUGCCUGGGCCUUACUGCAGACCCAGAAGUAACCCUUGGAGACACUAGAAGAAAACCACCAUCUGCUCCCCAAAACCUUCUCGUGCCUGUGACCUCACACAGGCCGUUUUUACGCUAAUCACCUAAACUUGUAUUUUAUUUCUCUGGAUUGUUUGAUACUGUUCUCACAGCGCAUCACCUCUUCGCCCCCAGACUGCCAUGUCACAGACUGAGGGAGGUGCUGGAACACCGCCGGCCUCGCGGGCAGAGCGAGCAGACCCACGGCCUCGCCUCCGCCUCCGCGAGGUGCUGGUCUCUCUCCACAUGUGCCACUACGUCUGCAUCUAUACUUUGGUAUUACACUCGUAGACGUGCUCUUUUAUAAGUGACGUGUGAAUAAGUUCCCACUCCCCUCCCUUCCUGAAGGCCUCUGGUGUCUCUUUUUUUCCUUUGGUCCAGUACAUUUUGUUUCUGUAUAUGACUCUGUUUUUUGAAUCCACAUCUCU